UUCGUGGUUUUCAUUUCAUAUUUACAGGUAGACAGGCCUGAAUUACACGAUAUUGAACCUCUGCACAUUCCAGGAGUUGAGUUGAAGAGACUGAGCGAAGCCAAUUCUCCAAAAGGAGGGAAGAUGUUAAAGUUGAAAUACGAAGCGGGGUUGGUGGUCUGUCUGUUGAUGACAAAUUAUAUGUACUAUUCGUUCACUGAAAACGAAGAUAAAAAGUUUCUGCGCAAAUGUGAACACAAUGGGACUUUUGUUUGCGAUGUAUCCCUACCGAAAUUUGUUCGUGGAAUUGGAAAGGAUAAUAAUGGUUUU